CACCAACACCACCACCAACACCACACCCAGCAAUGGCGAAAACAAAACCCAGCAGCAAAGACAAAAAAAAGUCCAAGACCCGAUCGCGCGAGAAAUCCCUUCUACACAGCACAGGCGGCCUAUCCAGCAACCCUCACGCCACCCCUUCCGCACCCACACCCGCACCCGCCGAGUCGACCGCGACCCUCCUCGCCGCGGCGACGGCACUGCUGCACACAAACAACGAGCCCGACCAAGCGCUCACGCUUGCAACACAAGCACUGCAGCAAUCCCCGACGUCCCUCUGCGCCCUCGAGCUGCUCGCCGAGAUCCACGUCGAGCUCGGCGACGUAGCCACGGCCUACACGCUGUACACCCGCGCUGCAACCCUUGACCCCAACGGCGCACACGAGUCCGCCGGCGGCUCCGGCCCAGAAAAGUUUCUCUGGCUGGCGCAGCUGUGUCCCGAGGGGGGCGCGGCAGCCGUGCGUUGGUACACGACGGGGGUGGAGGCUUUGCAGCGGCUUGUCGCGCUGCGGGACGGGGGAGUUGUCGGGGGCGCGGCGCAGAAGGAGCUGGUCGAGCGCGGGCUGGAAAGGAAGCUCGUGUCGGCGCUGUGCGGGCUCGCGGAAAUCUACAUGAGCGACCUGUGCAUGGACGCGGACGCUGAGGCGCGCUGCGAGGCGUAUGUAACACAGGCGCUGUUGGCCGUGCCCGAUAGUGCCGAGGCGCUGCAGACCCUUGCCAGUGUCAGGAUCUCGCAGCAGAGAGUGCAGGAUGCUGUUGCGGCAUUGGAGCGCGCGGUGGGAGCGUGGAAGGAGCUGGAAGCGGAGAGCCCGGAGAUGCCGAGUUAUGCGGCUAGGAUAUCUCAGGCGAGAUUGCUCAUCGAGACCGAGCAGUAUGAGACCGCUGUGGAAGUCCUGGAGAGACUGCAGGCCGAGGAUGAUCAGUUGCCGGAUCUGUGGUAUCUAGGUGGCUGGACGCUCUUCUUGCUGGGAGAGAGGGAGAGGCCCAGGAGGGAGGGAUGGGCGGAGCUGUGGGAGGCCGCCAGGGAGUGGUUGAAGACUUGUCAACAGCUUUAUAACGCCCUUGAGUGGGAAGACGAGGGGAUCCGGGAACAUGCUGAGGAAUUGCUGGGUAAGAUCCUGGAAGUUAUACCCGAGAAGGAAGGCGAGGAUGAGGAAGAGGCGGACGGAGAUGAGGAGGAGGAGGAGUGGGAGAGCGAUAGUGCAGAUGAGGAGAUGUCGUGACGUGACGAGACGUGACGUGGGUACUUAUUUCCUGGUGUCUGGGUUUUGCUUUGCUUUUCAUCUCUGGGUUUGGUUGCUUGCUUGCGGGGGUUCAGCUUCACUUUACAUAUCUAUUUGUAUAGAGAAAAAGUUGUCACAAAUAAUCAUGGAUGGAUCAUGGGAUCGC